AUGGUCGCGGAUUCGAAAACGUGUGUGGGCGUACUGCUGGUGCUGCUGCUUUUAAUGGUGGAUUUGGAGAACUCUGUGGGUUCUACGGGCGUUAUGUUGGGAGACGAAAAUGCCAUGAAAAUUCCUUUGGUUUAUUCGAAGAAGAGUUGUGAUGGGUCGAUGGGGAACUGUUUGGGUGAUGAGGAAAAUAAGAGGAGGGUGAUAAGCUAUGAUGCGCUGGAAGGGGAUAGAGUGCCGUGCAGUAAGAUUGGUCAUUCUUAUUAUCACUGUGGGGAGUCUGGGCAGGCAAAUCCUUACAAGAGGUCAUGCACUAAGAUUACUCAUUGUGCAAGGGAUACUAACUGA